UGGCAGGCAGUAUGGGGCAUAAGGGUGGCUGAUGCAACCUGAGGUCUGGGAUGGCUGAUGCAAUGAGGAGCCAAUAGCUCUCGUCUCUCCGGAGGAUUUCAUUGUUCUCUGAUUGGACAUUUUUAUUUUGGUUGGUUAAGAGGCUCAGGUGUUUUCUGAGAAUCGAAGUGGUUUCUAAGAAAUGCUAAGUGCAAGUAGCUGAAGGGUGGGGUGUACAAGAAAGAGGAAAAAUAAAAGCCUUUUCUAAAAGUGAAACUGAAAGAAAGAAGGGGAGACUAUUAAAGACCUCUGGCAGCACCAGCUAGUCUCAGCUACUCAACUUCCCCGUGGGCUGUGAGCAGUGACCACCUCUUCAGUGUCCCGCAACCUGGGUACGUAUUGCCAGCUUUGCCAGGCUGAGAGCUUGUUAGAUUUGGUUAUUUUUAACCAGCCUUUGGCCAAAGGACUGGAAACCUUGGCUUUGGGGGUGAGGGGUUGUCUUUCUCAGGAUCAGGAGCCUUGUGUGUUUUAUUUCAUCCUGUUGAUCCAGAGUUGCAGUGCUUCACUGCUCGCAUAGGGAGUGGAGAUCGUGGACAAGCAGCUGCCUGCUUGGAUUCUACCUUGCCUUUCAGCACUUUCUUGUUGGCGGUCCUAUUUUUCACGGACACAUUUUUAAAGAGGCAACAUCUGAACAGAUUAGCAUUCUCUUUGUAAUACCCCAAAUUAUCUUAUGCCUUGCUUCGUCUAAAUUCAUGGCUUCUUUUAAGAUAAUGUUCAUUUUAUUAUUUGGAGGGAAAAACAACUUUUCUUCUUAGUGUUAAAAAAAGAAAAAAUGGAGCAUGAUCUGUUCCAAGAUUUGCAGUGUAAAGAACUGCUUGUUCUAACGGACUCGAUUUUCUGUCCUCUGGGAACUUGCCAGUCCGGUGCCAUUGUCGACCACACCCUAUAGCCAGGGUGUAAAAAGCAGUAUUUCAGUUCCUGGUAGUAUCGAGGUCCCAGGUUCAUUCCCCGGCACCUCCACCAGUUUUGGAAACUGGUGGCGUAGUGGUUAAGAGCUACGGCUGCUAACCUAAAGGUCAGCGGUUCAAAUCCACCAGGCACUACCCUAUGGGGCAGUUCUACUCUGUUCUGUAGGGUUGCUAUGAGUCAGAAUCAACUCGACGGCAGUGGGUUUUUUUCGAGUGGUAUCCCAGGCAUCCAGAAACUUUCCUGGAACCCUGCUCUUCCUAGCUGCUUCAGAAUUGGUAGUCUUGGUGCCACCCUUCCUACAAAUUGUAGAAUCAGUGUGUCCUCAUCUUAUCUGUGAGGUGGUUUGGGUAUAGCCCAAGUCAGUGUCAAGUUGUUCUCUUAGGCAGUUCAUUAUUCUUUCCAUUUCUCACCCCAAAUCUGCGCCCAGUUUCUUCAGGUACCUGCCGUACUCCUCCAGAACAGUGGAGCCUUUCAAAAUGAGCACAGGAUUAAAGUUCUUAAAAAGAGGGAUUGAGAGUUCAUUUUUAAGAGCCUUUUUUGGUUUUUCAAAGGUGUGCUGUGAUCUGCUGUGAAGCAUGCAGUUUUGCAUUUUACAUCCUCAGUACCUUUGUUUAGAGGAGGUGAUAGAUUACUUCGCAGAGUAUAGCUUCAGUUUCGUUGUUUCAGAUUGUAGUAUUUGCUAAAUAGAGAAUGUAGCUUUUCUUAACACAGACUCAGAAGCCUUGUAUACUGGUGAUGGGAUAAACACUUAAGACAAUGGUCCUCAGCCUUAUGGCUCCCCAGACCCCAGGCUCUGCUUAGAACCACGCACGUACCAAAGCACAUGCAGCUGUUGGUGGACUUUCAUAGUUAGUUCACAGGGAAAAAAAGGAGGAUGUUGAAUAGAUGGGGAGUACAGUAAAUGGGGCAGGGGGAUGGAUGUAUGGAAUGAGGAAGACAGUGGUUCUACUCUGCUUGUCUCUGACCACUCCUAAAGCACAAACACACAAGUUGCAUCACACUCACACGCACGCACACACACGCUCACACAAGAUCUAAACAGUGUGGGAGAUUGGGAGACAGUGAGCGCAUGCCUGAUGGUGAUCCUGAGAACAGGGAGUCCGUUUUAGUUCCUGCGUGCCUCUUCUCAAAUGGGCUUCUGGCAUUUAAAGAUACAUGGUUUUUCCUACAACAUGGCCCUUAACGUGUAAGCACAGUUCCUCUAACUGAUCCUCUACCAGCGGCACAGUUCCGUGCUCCACUGUGGGGGGAGCUGCGACUGCCCGAGGCUCGCCCAGAGGCUGGGCCAGUGACUCUGCCUGCACUGUCUCUAGGCAUUUCCAAGGGCAGUUUCCGUCUAGACUUUAAUUUUCAUCCAACCCACAGACUUCAGAACCUUACUGCCACCACCUGGUGCCUUCUGUGCAGGGCGUCACGUUUUUGGAAGGACACGGUCUUCUCUCGACCACUGGGCAAGUCCUCCGCCACCCUCACCAGCUGUGAACCCAGGCCCCGGGAAAUGGCGGACACGGCCAACGGCGAGCCCCCAGCGUCCCCAAUGGAACUGUUCAACAGCAUAGCUGCUCAGGGGGAGAUCGUGAGAGCCCUCAAAGCCGAGAAGGCAUCGAAGGAUGAAGUUGAUGCUGCUGUAGAGAUGCUGUCAUCACUAAAAGCCAGCUACAGAAGUGCAGUGGGCGAGGAUUACAAGGCUGACUGCCCUCCAAAAAACCCAGCCCCUGAGAGCGAUCGUGACCCCGACACCAUGGACCCCGAGGAGGACUUUGUGGACCCAUGGACGGUGCAGACAAGCAGUGCGAAGGGCGUCGACUACGACAAGCUCAUUGUCCGGUUCGGAAGCAGCAAGAUCGACAAAGAGCUGAUAAACCGGAUAGAGCAAGCCACUGGCCAGAAGCCGCACCGCUUCCUGCGCCGGGGCGUCUUCUUCUCGCACAGAGAUAUGAAUCAAGUCCUUGAUGCCUAUGAAAAUAAGAAGCCCUUUUAUCUGUACACGGGAAGGGGACCCUCCUCCGAGGCAAUGCAUCUCGGUCAUCUGAUCCCGUUUAUUUUCACAAAGUGGCUGCAGGACGUGUUCAAUGUGCCCCUGGUCAUCCAGAUGACGGACGACGAGAAGUACCUGUGGAAGGACCUGACCUUGGACCAGGCCCAUGGCUACGCCGUGGAGAAUGCCAAGGAUAUCAUCGCCUGCGGCUUCGACAUCAAGAAGACCUUUAUCUUCUCGGACCUCGACUACAUGGGGAUGAGCCCAGGCUUCUACAGGAACGUCGUUAAGAUUCAGAAGCACGUGACCUUCAACCAGGUGAAAGGCAUCUUCGGCUUCACUGACAGUGACUGCAUUGGGAAGAUCGGCUUCCCUGCCAUCCAGGCUGCCCCCUCCUUCAGCAACUCCUUCCCGCAGAUCUUCAAGGGCAAGACAGACGUCCAGUGCCUCAUCCCCUGUGCCAUUGACCAGGAUCCUUACUUCAGAAUGACGAGAGAUGUCGCCCCCAGAAUCGGCUACCCGAAACCUGCCUUGCUGCACUCCACCUUCUUCCCUGCCCUGCAGGGGGCCCAGACCAAAAUGAGUGCCAGCGACCCCAACUCCUCCAUCUUCCUCACGGACUCAGCCAAGCAAAUCAAGACCAAGGUCAACAAGCACGCGUUUUCUGGAGGGAGAGACACCGUCGAGGAGCACAGGCAGUUUGGGGGCAACUGUGACGUGGAUGUGUCUUUCAUGUACCUGACCUUUUUCCUCGAGGACGACGACAGGCUCGAGCAGAUCAAGCAGGACUACAGCAGUGGCGCCAUGCUCACGGGUGAGCUCAAGAAGGAGCUCAUAGAAGUGCUGCAGCCCUUGAUCGCCGAGCACCAGGCCCGGCGCAAGGAGGUCACCGACGAGAUUGUGAAAGAGUUCAUGACCCCCCGGCAGCUGACCUUCGACUUCCAGUAAUGCCUGUUUUCUGUCGCAUCGGAAGAGCCGUGUUUGUGAAUAAGUCCCAGCCCAAUCGCUCGCCACUCCCCGUAGGCUUCCGUCAAAUGGCAGCUGUUGGGCCUGCUGUCUGUUAGCCUGUGUGCGUUAUAGAUGCUGCUGCUUCUGUGAAUUUCAUCCUGUCUGUCUUAAAUGGAGAAAAUACUGUGGGUGCUCGGGCUGGCUAAUAUCACGUGGUCCAAGAAGUCCAGCUGUGAGUCUCUCCCACAAAGCACCUGCUGCCAUCUGUUAAAGCAGGCGUUUGUAUGACAGCCGGCUGGGCCGAGGGUGUCCCAGUCCACAGGAGGACUGUCCACUUUCAGGCAUCCUUACGGUUCCAAAUAGAGUUGCGCCCUGCUCUGUAGUAGAAUAGGUGUUCUGUGUUUGCACCUCCAGGAUCAAAACGGCAUUGUUGUAAAACUGGAAAGCGCUCUGGAAAAUUGAUUGGGGACCUUUAAUGGGCACAAGUGUAUUUCAACCCAUGGCAAAAAAAAAGAAUUGAGAGCUAGAAGCCUUGCUAUGCUUUUGACUAAGAAACCUCCCAGCUUUAAGGUUGCUUUUCACAUUGGCUGUUGGACAGAGGCGGCCGCCUUUUACUAAGUCGAGUCUCUGUGGGAGAGACUGCAGCUGGUUUACACACUCAGACCACGCACGGAUCCUCCUGUCCCCCAAACGUGCUCCCAUUUUCUCUGCGGGGCGAUCCCAGCCACUUGUCUCUCGGGACCAGGUGGGCCACCUCCAGCCGUGUCCCGUGCUGAGAGGGUUACUUCGGCAGACCCCCUUGUUCUGACUCGUGGCUGAAGUGGAAGUUGGCCCAGAGCAGCGCACAGCUGGGUCACUGGGUGGGUGGGACUGUCCUGUCUGGGUCAGCAUGUGUGUGGCUCUGGGACAGGCCUGGCUGAUGUGUCUGUCCUUCCUGGAGGUGCAGGGUCCACUCACGUGGCCUGUCCUUGUGCUGUCACGAAUAAACUUCCUUUGCCCUGUC